AUGGCGGACUCUAUGGACGAUCAGAUUGGCUCCCUUUUAUCCAUGGGGUUUGAGGGUACCACAAUUACCCCCCAAGUGAAAUCUCUCAUUGAGAAUUAUCGAGUGGGCACCAUAUGCCUUCAAGCAAAAAACCUCAAAAGUAAGCUUCCCCGGUAUACCAUAGGAUUCGCGAAUAUAUUCUUCCUCUUCCUUUAUCUCGACAAUGUCGUAACGAAAUGGCCUUCUAAAUGUGUCAUUAUCAUGGUACGGAAUUUCCUGACACAUUUGAUAGGUGCCCCGCAAGCUAUGGAGCUUAUCACCUCCCUUCAAAAAGUAGCAUAUGGCGCUGGAUAUACUGAACCGCUCCUAAUCAGCCUCGAUCAGGAGAAUGGAGGUGUCAACUCCAUUUUCGAUCAUGAAUAUUUUCACCAAUUUCCGUCAGCAAUGGGCCUAGCUGCUUGUCGAUCCCGAGAAUUGACACGCUCUGUAUCUCGCGCUGCAGGAAAAGAGCUUGCUUGUAUUGGGGUCAACUGGCUCGUCGGGCCAGUUUUUGACGUCCACUCAAACACAAAGCCGCAACCCAUGGGAGUUCGGUGUUUCGGGGAGUAUCCUGAAAUUGUUGCUGAGCAGGCUUUAGAGUCUAUGCUGGGAUAUCAGGAAGGCGGGCUGCUCACGUGCAUCAAACAUUUCCCAGGUUUUGGAAGCCUCGACUUCGUAGGAUCACCAGCUGAUAUACCAAAUGUCUCCGGGACUUUCGAUCAAUUACUAUCAACAUCUUUGGUACCAUUUCAGGCAGCAAUUGACAACGGAGUAGAUUCAAUCUUGGUCGGCGCUUGUGGGAUGCCCGAUGCCCAAGUGCCUUACUCUUGCUUAUCAUACACAGUUGUUACGAGCCUGUUACGACGACGAAUGGGUUUUGGCGGUGUUAUUCUGUCUGAUUGCCUUGAGAUUGAGGCCCUGUAUGAAGGAGUUGGGGUUAGCCAGGCUGCCGCAAUGGCGAUAAAUGCCGGGUGCGAUGUCAUCAUGUUGUGCCAAAGUCAUUCCAACCAAAUCGAAGCUAUUCAGGGAAUUAAAACAGCUAUCGAAUCGGGCCUACUGUCGGUAGAUCACAUUCAGGCUGCUGCAGGGAGAGUACGGAAAAUGAAACAGCGAAAGCUGUCGUGGGAGCAAACAUGGAACCCUGGCGGUUUGUCAGCCCUAGACGUAAUGAGACCUGCCCAUAAGUUACUCUCCCGCUCAGUAUACAAUGCCUCCAUUACUUUGGUAAGGGAUUUGGGCAAUUAUAUUCCCUUAACGAAGAAGAGUGCACCCACCGAUGUGUUACUACUUCUGACUCCGUUGGUGGAGCCUUUUGGACGACCUUCCCAGGACGAGCAGAAGCCCCAGCAGGAUUCAUCCCUAUCUCACGCCACUCCUUCAAAACUGAUUAAUAGUGCAAGACACCUUAGUAACCGUCGGAGCGGCUACUUGGAAGGUGAAAGUACUUUUCAAGAAUUGGGCGUUGCCCUUGCGAAGAGGUGGCGUGGAAAGGUGGUUCACACUUCAUAUACUGCGAGCGGAAUCAGUCCACUUCACGAACAUUUGGUCUCGGAAGCAUCAGCAGUAAUUUUGCUUACAGCUGACGGGGUCCGUAAUGUAUAUCAGUACGGCUUUACGAAAUAUAUACUGAGUCUUUGUCAAGGUAAUCGAAGCCAGUUCCCGACGGCCUCAUCCAUCGCAGGUUCUCCAGAUAAGCCUUGUAUUGUUGUCGCAGUGAGCUCUCCAUAUGACUUUAUGAAUGAUCGACAAGUCACAACCUAUCUCUGCACAUAUGACCUCACGGGUCCAUCGCUCAAUACUCUUGUGCGUGUACUGUUCGGCAAGCUCAAAGCUACAGGUCUACCGCCCACGAUACGGCAAACAUUCCGACAUCCAACGAUUCAAAGGCAAUUAUGGUUGGUUGAGAAGUUCGACUUUGCACGAGAUUCAUCCUCAUUGCAAGAGAUGUUUGACCAAGUGCGCAUGGUGGCUUCAAAUAGUUUUAGCGACCCCGAAGCUCAAUAUCCAUCAUACUGUUUUGAAACAUCUUCCUAUCAAAACAAUUACCAACCCUUAUUCAAAAUGGAGAAUUUCAUAGUCCGUAACAGCAGUACUCAGACGAUCUACGGAUUCUGCGCCACCUACUACAGUGAUAAUCUUUCGCGCGGCAUCAUAGCUGCCAUCGUGGUUUCGACAAGCCACAGGGGUAAAGGCAUUGGAUUUUCGUUACAUCAAUACGCUUUACAUAAUUUGCAACGACGGAGGAUUGAAGUAGUGCAAUUCGGAUCCGAAAUCCCAGUGAUCUUUCCUGGCAUACCAAACAGACUGAGCACCCAUCAGCUUGGCUUGCGAAGCUGGGUUAAGAAUAGGGGCUGGGACGUUGGGAGUUGGAAUCACCAUGACUUCUACGCCAUACGCCUGGCAACUGAUUCACUUCCGACCAUGGUACCGGAAAAAUCUGCUGUUGAUAAUGGACUCCUCUAUGACACCAUCCAACCGCAAGACCAAGAAGAGCUGAAUCAGCACUUGCUCAUCCAAACCUGCUUUGGUGCUAGCAGUUCGUUACUACACCACCCAGUUGUACUAUCCGAGCUUUACCGCUGCGCUCAGACUGAUAGUCAAGGGUGUAAAAUUCUGUUAGCAAGGACCAGGGAUGCGAGGAACUCAGGAUGCUUGAGUGGUAAGGGAAAGAUAAUAGGAUCCAUGAUCCUAUAUCAUGCAUCGUCACAAAUGAGCAAAUAUUUCCCUGUUGAAGAUCGAAAAACUGGCGGCCUUGUUGGGGUUGUAUCAUUGCAAGGGGCCCAAGCCGUCCCGAUAGUUGAAGGGUUGAUCAGAAAGGCACUUCAUAUCUUAAUUGAUAUAGGAUUCAACAACGCACAGACUUUCAUUAUCCAAUUUAUCCACCUAUUUUGGUAAAUCUCGGUUUUCAGAAGGUGUCUGAAUUUCUCAGUAUCAGCAGGAAAACUAUUACCACAACCUGAAAAGUCCCUGUGGAAUAGACUUCGAUGUUGGACUGUCAUAGUUUAUGAGACACGUUAAUCUACAUUAUGGAGCUCUUCGAUCCAUAGCAAUUAUAGCAGAAAAUUGAUGUUUCCAACAUAUCACGACUUAAAGAAUAAACACAUUCUCGCUUUUG